AUGUGGCGGCCACUAUACAAGAGAGACGACUGCGUCAACAAUGACGAGGUCGACACCUGCGAAAGAUACACCAGCAAGUUCCUGACAACGGGGGUGCCCCUGAUCAUUGGUCUAUGCCUCUUCCUCGUCCUCGGCAUCGUCCUCUUUGUCAUUGUCCGCCGCAAGCGCCAACAGAGCCACGCGCAAGAAGCCGAGAAGAACCGCCACAUCGACGACGAUAUAGGCGAUGUGGAACUGGUCAUAACGGGGCCCAGAAAUCCAGACGCGACGUACAAACAUUGGGAAGCUCGGGGGUCGAGUCCCGGGUUGGAGUUGGACAACCCCUUUGAGCACGACUCGAUGGUGCCCGGUCGCGACGUCUCGCCCUCGAAGCGAUGA